AUUUUUUCAAUAUAACAACAAUAUUGCAAUAAAUAUAUAAAGACAAUUUUCAAAAUUAAUCAAUUAUGAUGAACAGUGCGAUAUUCGAAAUGUCAUAAAUUAUGAAGUUCCUUUUACUGGUAAAAUCUGGGCGGAAGUGCGAUCCAUGCUGUCUGGCUUCUAGUUGAGAAAAAUCAAUUGCACUAUGGAUGUUGCUUUGAAUAAAGAUAAUUAUAAACAUUUCAUGGUUACUUUUUAUAUUCCAAAAGAUUGGGAUAUAAACGAUGAAAACGUAAACGAUAUUAGUUACUUGUUCUUGACUGCAGCAGAAAUGAAAGCAUAUCCAAACAUUUUAAAAGAAACUCACGAAACGAAAUCUACGGCAGCAGAUAUGAUAAUAGAAAAACAUAAAAAUAUAAGUACAAGAGAGGAUGAUGUUUUUAUAAAAUAUAAUGGAUAUGAAGUUGAAGUUAUAGAAAUUGAUUCUUCAACAUUCGCUUUCAAGGAUAGAUGGGAUGGUGUGAUUAACCUAAAAGUAGAUGAUUUGAAAGACAAAGUAGAUAAAAUGUAUCAGGUUCUAAAUAUUAAAAAUUAUCGAAAAGAGUAAUCAAAUCCAUGUCUACAGU